AUGGCGAAGAAGAAGGAACUGUUAUCGAAAGCGCCGUGGAGAGGCGGCGACGACGAUGACUCCGAUAAGUUUAGCGGCGCGAAGAUGAAGGUCACCAAAGAAUCUGACGGCAUGUCGAAGAUGCACGUCCCUAGCCGCGGAACCAAAAAAGGUAGUCUCGCCGAGGAUGAAGACUCUCUCGAGAUCGAUCCUCAGCUUCGUUACAGCUUCGAUCGCAACUAUCAGUUCCUGCAAAGAGUAUUCACUAUAGACACUUUGGUGAAGCCUCUUCCUCCUGCAAUGGCAUACAAUGCCUCUCGCAACUUGAGCUUCUUCACCCGCAUUUUCACUCAGUUCUUUGAUCCUGAAGGCAUUGCAAAUGCACAAAAGUCUCUGGGGUUGGGGCAAGAAGACAAAGAACGCCGUCCACAACAACAGUCACAAGUCCCUUGUUUAUUCGUCUUCGGUGACUCCUUAGUCGAUAAUGGAAACAACAACAGGUUGCUAUCUCUUGCGAGGGCUAAUUACCGGCCUUACGGAAUCGACUUUCCCCAAGGUGCUACAGGACGUUUCACCAAUGGUCGCACCUACGUUGACGCACUUGCUCAAAUUCUUGGAUUUCAGACUUACAUUCCAGCAUUUUCUAGGGUCCGUGGCCAGGCUCUGUUAAGAGGUGCGAAUUUCGCAUCUGGUGCAGCCGGCAUUAGAGACGAGACCGGUGAUAACUUGGGUGCACAUACUUCUAUGAACCAGCAGGUAACUCAGUAUACGAGCGCGGUUCAACAAAUGCUUCGAUACUUCAGAGGAGACACAAAUGAGCUCCAAAGAUACUUGAGCCGUUGUAUCUUUUAUUCGGGAAUGGGAAGUAACGAUUAUCUCAACAACUACUUCAUGCCUGACUUUUACUCAACUAGUCAAGAUUACAAUGACAAAACCUAUGCAGAUGCUCUCAUACAGAACUAUACACAACAGCUCACUAGAUUGUACCAAUUUGGAGCUCGGAAAGUGAUUGUGACCGCAGUGGGACAGAUCGGUUGCAUACCUUACCAGCUAGCUCGCUAUAAUAACCGAAACAACAGUACUGGUAGAUGCAAUGACAGGAUCAACAAAGCAAUCGUGUUGUUCAACACUCAGCUCAAGAAACUUGUGGACCGUUUCAACAAAGGUCAGUUAGAAGGAGCCAAGUUUGUUUUUCUUGAUUCCUACACGAGCACCUCCGAUCUUGCUGCCAAUGGAGCAACUUACGGAUUUGAGGUGGUGGACAAAGGUUGUUGUGGGGUCGGGAGGAACAAUGGUCAGAUAACGUGUUUACCGCUGCAGCAGCCAUGUAGUGACCGGACCAAGUAUCUGUUUUGGGACGCGUUUCAUCCGACAGAGACCGCAAACAUAUUGCUGGCCAAGUCUAAUUUCAACUCCCGAGCUUACGCUUACCCCAUUAACAUUCAAGAACUAGCCAAUCUUUGA